AUGCUGGUACGCACGGCUCCUAACGCGACUCGAGCCAGCGAGCUGCAGGAAUUUGCCAAUUUUUUGCUGCGUAUCGGAGAAGGGCGACACGAUACGUUUGCAGGAGCGGACCCAUCGUUGGCAAAAAUACCGCACGAUAUGACUGUACCCCGUACGGCGAACUCGGCUCAGGACAUCAAUAAGCUGAUUGCCCGCAUCUACCCAGACAUGCAACGGAACUGUCAGGAUCCAGAUCGAUUCUUUUCCGAUCGUGCGAUCCUGUCUCCUUUUAAUGUUGACGUUGCUGCCAUUAACAACAUUGUGAUAGAUCAGUUACCCGGGCAGGCAAGCGGCAUACCACUGCAUCGCUUACGGCUGAAGCGAUCGACACCGGUGCUGUUGUUGCGAAACCUCAAUUCCGACAUGGGACUUUGCAACGGAACGCGUCUUCAGAUUGUGGACAUGAAGACGCAUUGCUUGCACGCCAAGAUAUUGACGGGAAAGCGCAACGACAAGGGCCAACCGUUCCAAAUCCACCGCAAACAGUUCCCACAGGUGCAGGUGUGCUUUGCCAUGACCAUUAAUAAAGCACAAGGACAACCACUGAACCAUCUGGGCCUCUAUCUGCCAAAGGAUGUGUUUGCACACGGCCAGCUGUACGUGGCAGUGUCCCGCGUCACGACACGAGCAAAUAUAGCUGCGCCGAUCGCAAAUCCUGAACACGACAAUCAAGAUGGUGUCUCAACGCGAAACAUUGUGUAUCGAGAAAUCAUUGACGAUUGA